UUUGUAAAUUUACGUAACUUCACACGGUGCUGUCAAAAUUCUCUCGAAAGCAGAAACGAGCCGAAAAAAGUUUUGCAAUCGUUUGCAAAUAGUGCAACUCCCGGACAAGAAUCGCGGAAUACGACGGAAGCAACCAUGUCGGCCGUAAAAAUCUUCUCGCUGGCCAAACAGGGCAGCCGACUGAUCCGUCCGGCUUCGUUUUCGACCGCCGCCGCGCGGUGCUACAGCUCGCAGGCCAAGCCCGCUGCAAUUAAACCGGAAGAGUACUACUACGUGAACAACAAGGAGCAAAGCAUGGACAUGAACGACAUUACCGACCGUGCGGCCCAGACGAUCUUCUGGACGGAGCUGUUCCGCGGUGCCGCCGUCACCCUGGCGCACAUCUUCAAGGAGCCGGCCACCAUCAAUUACCCGUUCGAGAAGGGACCGCUCAGCCCGCGGUUCCGUGGCGAGCAUGCGCUGCGCCGCUACCCGAGCGGCGAGGAGCGCUGCAUUGCGUGCAAGCUGUGCGAGGCCAUCUGUCCGGCGCAGGCCAUCACGAUCGAGGCGGAGGAGCGUGCGGACGGGAGCCGGCGCACGACGCGCUACGACAUCGAUAUGACCAAGUGCAUAUACUGUGGCUUCUGCCAGGAGGCUUGCCCGGUCGAUGCCAUCGUCGAGGGGCCGAACUUUGAGUUCUCGACCGAAACCCACGAGGAGCUGCUGUACAACAAGGAGAAGCUGCUGAGCAACGGCGACAAGUGGGAGUCGGAAAUUGCGACCAACAUCAACGCCGACUACCUGUACCGUUAAAAGCGAAGCAGAGGAGUGAUGUUUGGGCAGCCCAGCACGUCCCGUGUGGAUAGCAACUAUGUAUAAUAACAGAUAAUUAACACUGAAGAAUAAAGCCUCCCAGCCCGUAA